AUGCAGGGGGAGGAGAUCAGUCCAGCCCUUUUGGAAGCAAUUGAGAAUUCAAAGGCUGCAGUUAUCAUUUUCUCAAAGAACUAUGCAUCCUCCCCAUGGUGCUUAGAUGAGCUUGUUAAGAUCGUCCAAUGCCAUGAACUCCAUGGACAAAGGGUCAUCCCAGUAUUCUACCAUGUCAAUCCAUCAGAUGUGUUGGAGCAAACUGGGGUUUUUGAGGAAGCUUUUGCUGAACAUGAGAUAAAUUUCAAGGAAAAGUCACUGAGGUGGAAGGCAGCUAUGACAAAAGCAGCCAAUUUAGCAGGGUGGGACUCACAGGUUGUUAGACCGGAGUCCAGACUUGUUGAUGAUAUUGUCAAAGACAUUUUGAGCAAAUUGAAAGAAGCAUCAGCAAGUGGUUUAGAGGAACAGGUUGGACUAGAUUCACGCAUUGAUCAAGUUAAAGGGUUGUUAUCUAUUGGAGGGUCUAUUUACACCAUUCUUUGUCACACUCCCAAGAUUAAAGUACUUGUGAAAAAUACGGGAACUGAAGCAAUUGAAGGCAUAUUCCUGGACAUGUCUAAAAUAACAGAGGCACACCUAAAUCCGAAUGCUUUUGCCAGGAUGUCUAAUCUUAAAUUCCUCAAAUUCUAUAUGCCUGAUUGCGGAAUCUUUGAAGAAGAUAAUCAUAAUAAGUUGCAGCUUUCUGAAGGGCUCAAAUCUCUUCCUAAUGAGCUCCGAUAUCUAUAUUGGCAUGGAUACCCAUUGAAAUCUUUUCCAGUCAAUUUCCACCCGGUGAACCUUGUUGAGCUCAUAUUGCCUUAUAGCAAUCUUAAACGACUUUGGAAAAUAUCCAUGGAUCUUGGAAAGUUGAAGAAGAUAGACCUGAGUCAUUCCCAGCAUCUUAUGGAAUUUCCUUGCCCAUCGCAGGCCUCGAAUCUUGUUAGUAUAAUUCUUACAGGCUGUACCAGUUUGCCUAAGAAGGUUCCUAAAUCUAUAAGCCGUUUCAGCAUGCUUUUUUCCAUAAAUCUGAUGGAUUGCAAAAAUAUCAGGAGCUUUCCAAGUACUGUUGAUUUGGAAUUUCUUGAUACAGUUGUUCUUGCUGGCUGCUCAAAACUUGCGAGGUUUCCUGAAUUUUCAAGGAGCAUAAGACACAUAAAUCUAGAUAGAGCAGCAAUAAUAGAAGUGCCCUUGUCGGUAGGGUGCCUUGACAGACUUUGUGAAUUGCGUGUCACAAAUUGCACCAAGCUUGAGAGUCUUCCAAGCAGCAUUUGCAAGUUAAAAUCUCUUGGAAUUAUUAAUCUAUCUGGCUGCUCAAAAUUAAAGAAAUUCCCUGAGAUCUUCGAAAACAUGGAUGGCUUAAGGGAACUUGUGUUGGAUGGAACAGCCAUUAAAAUGCUACCAUCAUCAAUCGAGCAUCUAGUGGGGCUUUGUUCGUUACAUCUGAAUGCGUGCAAAAAUCUUGCUGGUAUCCCGGAAAGCUUGUGCAACUUGACAGCACUUCAUAACCUUCAUCUAUCCGGCUGCUCAAAACUUGAGAAGCUUCCAAGAAAUCUUAAGAAUUUGAAACAUUUAGAGGAGCUCAAAGCAAGUCGAUGUGAUCGGUUGGAAAUUCCUGCUGACUUAAACUCUUUGUCCUCUUUAUGCUCUUUAGAUCUGAGUUGCAACAAGUUUGAGAGAAUGCCUACUGCCAUCAACCAACUUUUGGAAUUGACAUUUCUUGACAUCAGUCGAUGUGAAAGGCUUAAAUCAUUGCCAGAGCUACCACCACGUCUAAAAGUUAUAGACGCAUUUGACUGCAUAUCGUUGGAAACAAUAUCAAGCCUUACAGAACUCUGCCCGGUGGAAUUCAAGAAUUCUUUCUCAAAUCCAAAUUUCAUGUUCACUAAUUGCUUGAAAUUGGAUCAAAAUGCACGGAAUGAUAUUGUGUCACAUGCUCUGCAAAAACUUAAGAUUUUCAGCAUAGGAGCGGAGUUUUAUAAUGAGCUUAAUCUUCAAGCACCUUCUGGUAGAAUUUGCUAUGCUGGAAGUGAAAUACCAGAGUGGUUCCCAUUUCAAAGUGUAGGAUCUUCAAUAACAAUCCAUCUGCCACCAUUUGGACAAAAUGGUAGGUUCUUGGGGUUUGCUUCAUGCGCUAUUGUUGAGUUCCAGAAUUCUCAUUGUGGUAGUGGGUUCUGUGGUCAGUUUGAAGCUCAGUUUCAGACCAAAAAUGAUUCUGGCCGAAGCUUGCUACCCUGUUUCAUCACGCCAUUUUCUAUGCACUCGGGAUAUUUGGACGAAUGCAGAUCUGUUCAGUCCGAGCACGUGCUUCUAUGGUAUGAGAGUAAAUUUUCUAAUUUUGAUUGGUGCACUGAAACCGGGCUCGGUCUCGGGGAACAUUGGUACAACGAGGCCACACUUGAAUUCCGUGCUACCCUGCCUCGUUGUGAUUGCAACAUUGAGUGCUCACUGACUGAUGAGGAUGAAGAAGAAGAAGAAGAAGAAGAAGAAGCUAGCAAGAAUAAGAGAUGUCAGGAUGACUGCGAAGGUGAUGUGGAACUCGGCAGAAGUGACAGCUCCGAAGAGAAGGAAGAAGAACCAAAACCCUGA